AUGUUCUAUACUCAAGGCGAGUUCCUUCAUGUUUGUAUGUUAAUCUCGGAUUUCGCCUCUAGGAAUGUGGCAUAUGCGUAUAAUAAGUUGCCUCCUCUAAGAUUUUCAAGACUCGAAUUAGAUAUGAACCAGACGGGUAGAUCUCAAACCAGGCGUGCCAUGGGGCAAUCAUACAGUUCAGUUCUGGUUGGAUAUGACAAUACACCGUCAGGAAAUGUUUCGCAGUCUGAGUCAAGUUCGGGAAGCAAUCCCAGCUGUCAGACGCAGCCUCAACAAGAAAAAGGGGGCCUUAGAUAUGAAUUCAACUUGGCGAUAAAAAAGCUCCAGCAGCAAGAACAAGAGCUGAUCCAAUGUUAUCGCAGAGAGAAGCAAAAUGAACAUUAUUUUGAGCAAAAAUUAAUUGAUGCAAAAAACGAAUACACUCAGCAAGCCAAGCACCUGCAGUCGGAAAGCAAGCAAUUAAAAGCCGAGCUAGAAUUGCUUAGGUCCGAGCGGGAAGCGGAUGCCGAAAAGGUUCGGAUUGCACAAGAAAGCGCAUUUCGAAAUAUGGGCGAGGGCAAGUGGGCACCGCAAGAAGACAGCGUUGUUCGUACUGAAAUGAAAAAGUUUGAGGGAGUAGUAAGAGGAUGGGCAAAGAAGCAUGCAGGCGAAGAGUGUUCGGUUUUGGAGAAUUUAUCGCAUCGCGAUAUCCAAUGGUUGAACGAGGUAUUAGAAGAUGUGGUACAAUUACAUACGUUUUGCCGUGCAAGUCUGGACAAGCAAACCUGGAAGGAUAAGACGCCGUUCCUUUUGGUCCAAGCCAUCAUCUCCAGGUGUGGAUUUCGUGACGUAUUUUUGCGGCCUUUCCAUUUCUUGAGGUUGUAUGAUACAGCCCACGAUGGUUAUGUUGAGUCAUGUUUUGCCCAAGAUUUGCAUGCUCUUUAUGGGUUGUUCCAAGGGGAUCAUGAAGUGCAGGCCCAUUCCUGGCGCUCUCAGACAGUUCGACUUUUAAGCUCAUCAAAUACUAUUUUUCCACAUGCGGGGCAUCAGCGAGAGACUGCCUGCAAAUGGCUUGCUUGCGCGAUAAUGAACGGGCCUAUAUCUCGAAUUUGUCGCGAGGCUACCAGAGAAGAAAAUGAGCUCAGAAGCGAGUCACUCGCUGGCCUUCUUCUAGAUGCUAGCAACAUAUCCGCGGGUCUCUGGACACAGAGAAACAAUAUCAAAUGCCUUUGGCUACAUGAUCUGGGCAAAUUUCAGGUCAACUCGCCUUUCAUGUCUGCACACCGCCUUCAGAAACUGGACGAAGGGGAUACGCGACUGGAUGGAAAUGAUAUUUUGGCCGUGAUCCAACCCGCAGUCCUGGCAUUUGGAAGCAAUGAAGGAGAAAAUUACAAAGAGUGGAGGGUGUGGCUGAAGGCAAUCGUGAUUGUUGAUGAAUAUGGAGGUACUGCCCAGGGGUAA